CUUUCCCAGUAAUGCUUUGCGGCUCGCAUGCUUGGUAGAAGCUCACUAGCGAGAUGGCGGUGGCAGUGCAAUCUUUACAAGACCAGCUUGAAAAAGCAAAGGAGAGUUUGAAGAAUGUAGACGAUAAUAUUCGUAAACUAACGGGGCGGGAUCCCAAUGAGUUAAGACCUGGCCAAGUACGAAGGCCACCAGUCCCAGGCAUGAUGGGAGGAGGUAGGGGGCGAGGCAUCAACCUACUGAGACGUGGACUCUCUGAAGUGGGCGGAGGAGGACCACCAGCCAAGCAGAGGGACAUUGAAGGAGCUCUGUUGAGGCUGGCUGGGGACCAGAGAGCCAGGAGAGAUUCACGUCACGAUAGCGACGCUGAGGACGAUGACGAUGUCAAAAAGCCAGCGUUGCAGUCAUCAGUAGUGGCUACCUCCAAGGAGCGCACGCGUCGAGACCUGAUCCAAGAUCAGACCAUGGAUGAGAGGGGGAAACAGAGGAACCGACGCAUGUUUGGCCUGCUGAUGGGAACCUUACAGAAGUUUAAACAGGAGUCAAAUGUGGCCACAGACAGGCAAAAGCGCCGUUGUGAGAUUGAGCAGAAGCUGGAGGUGCAGGCGGAGCAGGAGAAGAAGAGGGUAGAGGGUGAGAGGAGAGAGCUGUUUGAAGAGAGGCGUGCCAAGCAGACAGAGCUCAAACUGUUGGAGCAGAAAGUGGAGCUUGCUCAGUUGCAAGAAGAGUGGAAUGUGCACAAUGUCAAGAUAGUCAAGUUCAUCCGCACCAAGACCAAGCCACCCAUCUUCUAUGUACCCGUGAAGAUGUGCUCAGCCACUAACAAGCUCCUGGAGGAUUCUCAGAAAAAAUUGAAUGUGGUUUUUGAGGAGAGGCGCGAGGCGUUUGCCGAGCACCUGAGUAAGAUGGAGGCUCGUCCUCGGCGCCAGUCCCAGCGGGAGAGGGAACAGGAGGCCGCAGCUGGCGCUGGGGUAAAGGACCCGAAGACUGAGGACCUGAAGGAGGGUAAGCCCACGGGCCAGCUAGUCAAGGUGACAGGUAACCGCAAUGAUGUAGAAAUGGAGGAGGAGGAGGAGGAGGAAGAGGUGAAGGACAGGAAAAGGGGUAAGGUGGAGAAGGGGGAUGGAGGGGAGGGGGAGGUAGUAGACGGGGAGGGUCAGGACAGGGAAAUGGGGGAGGCUAGGGAGGUGGAGAUAGCUAUAGCUGCAGGUGGAGGAAAGGAGACAGGUGGGCAGGUUGGGGACAGGGAGGAAAAUGAGAAGAUGGAGGUGGAGACUGAGGCAGAGGGAGUGAAGGGGAAGAGGGUAGAGGGGCAGGUGGAGGUAGUCCAGGAAAAUGUCCAGGGCCCCACAGCAAUGCCAGAGCACCAGGAGAAGACCUCGGAGCUCAAGAGCCCAGAAAAAGUCCAAGCCAGCCCAGAGGUGGCCAUCUCUCGCAGUGUAGAGCCUAAGGAGGCUGCUGCCAAAGAGGCCACACCACAGCCUCUCAUCCCCCUCCUGGAGGCCACGCAGGAGCCCCAGAGCCAGGGGCCUGAGCAGAAGCAACUACCACCAAAGCUGCCGGCCCCGGAGGGCCCUAAGGACCUGGAGCCCCAGACACAGGAGGAAGGCCGGGGCCGCAAAAAGUCUAAAGAGAAGAAGAAAAGCCGAGGCAGUAGCUCCUCCUCUAGCUCCUCCUCCGGCUCCUCCUCUUCUAGUGGAAGCUCCUCCUCUUCUAGUGGAAGCUCCUCUUCCAGUGGGAGCUCCUCCCACAGCCGUAGCUCCUCCCACAGCAGGUCCGGGGGACGCGACAAGAAACGCAGGAGAAGGCCUUCUGAAAGAGAGAGGAAGAAGGGAGGAGAGAGGGGCCACAAACCGUCCAAGGGCAGCGGGAGAGAGUCUAAAAAUUCCAAAGACAAGGUCUCCAGUCGGUCUGACAGAAAGAGGUCAUCUCGUGAUGACAGGAAGUCAGACAGGAAAGAUAAGCGUCGCUAGGAAGGUUUUCUGUCUCAGUGGGUGGCUGUUUUCUGUCUAAAUAUCCAUGUAUCAAGUCUGAGCGAAGGGGCUUAUUUAAUGGAGACCCCAGAAGAGGAGGCUGUUAGAAUUUUCGGGAAGUAUUUUUAAUGAUCAAGAUGGUAUUGAAAAAUAUUUGAUCUUGGAUUCUUCCUGUAUUCGUCAGACCUAGUCCACUGUCUUGCCACCUAACAGCUUUUUAAUUUUUUCCGUCUCGAAUCUUUUUUUUAAUUGACUUGCUUUUAGGUGAUACAGCUUAGCCUGUUUUGUCCAGAAAUUCUGUUUUAUCGUCCUUUCUGAGGGUUUCUGAGCAAUGUCUUGCUAACAUAACUUCUGGGGCUGGUGUAGCCAUGGUUAACAAGUGGUGGUAUUAGUUAUGUAUUUCCAGUUAUGUGAUGUUGCGCAGUUACACUCACAGCUUCUGAAUGAAACUUUAGCCCCCUAAUGUGAUCACCAUGCAUAGUGUCUGGUCACUGUGCGUCUAAGAAAUCCAUUUUGAAUACAAUGUUUUAUUUUAUUUUGUACACUGAAACCAUCCACAGCUUCAUUAAAAAAAGAUGAUUAAACACU